UUUCUCGGCGGAAUGUACGGUUGUCUCCACCCCAACUGCCUCUUGUACUGUCGUGACAAUCUCUCUCCUCAGCAGAAUGGAUCAAAUUCAGCACAAGUACGUCGAAGCCAACGGUCUGAACCACCACGUGGCCGAGGUCGGGACCGGCCAAUCAGUCGUGGUGUUCCUCCACGGGUUUCCGGAGAUAUGGUACUCCUGGAGGCACCAGAUGAUUGCCGUCGCCAAUGCCGGCUACCGGGCCAUCGCGCCCGACUGGAGAGGCUACGGGUUAUCCGACCCACCACCGGAACCCGAGAAGGCAUCAUUCGGUGACCUCAUCAGUGACCUCCUCGGAAUCCUCGAUGCCCUUAGCAUUCCAAAGGUUUUUAUUGUUGGUAAAGAUUUUGGAGCUUGGCCUGCUUACUAUUUUGCUCUUCUCUACCCAGAAAGGGUUUUGGGAGUCGCUACUUUGGGCAUUCCAUUUGUUCCCCCAGGUCCCGUUACAUACAAUAAAUACCUUCCUGAAGGUUUCUACAUCUCAAGAUGGAAGGAACCUGGACGAGCUGAAGCUGAUUUUGGCCGUCUUGAUGCUAAAACGGUAGUGCGGAACAUCUACAUUCUGUUCUCCAAAACUGAAAUACCAAUAGCCAGAGAAGACCAGGAGAUUAUGGACAUGGUUGAAUCAUCUACUCCUCUACCCCCUUGGUUCACGGAGGAAGAUCUUGAAGCCUAUGGAGCUUUGUAUCAGAAAUCUGGAUUCCGUACUGCACUGAAAGUUCCUUACAGGUCUUUUGAAGAAGAGUUCAACUUACCAGAUACGAAGGUCGAAGCUCCAUCGUUGCUAAUCAUGGGCGAGAAGGAUUAUUGUUUCAAAUUCCCUGGAAUGGAGGACUACGUAAGGAGCGGACGGGUGAAGUUUUUCGUCCCAAAUUUGGAGAUAACCUAUGUGCCGGAAGGAACUCAUUUUGUUCAGGAACAGUUCCCGGAUAAGGUGAACAAGCUACUUCUCACCUUCCUCCAUAAGCAUCGUUAAUCUCUACCAUUCAAGAAAGGUUUGUUGUUGUUAUCUUGUGUUGAUAUGUCAACUGUGAGAUGAAUAAUCAAGGGAAGACUGUAUUUGCAGAUCUUUUGUUGCAUUCUUGUAAUUUGACAAUUCUCAUGGCAUUUCUUCACCCUUCACAAUGUGUGAGAGCAUGAAAUAAUUUUCCCUUGUCCA